AAAUCCUUAACUGUUUUCUUGUGUGGUAAGUUUUCAUAUCAAAUUUUGAUACAGAGAGAGAGAGAGAGAAGAAAUGGCGACGUCGGACUCUGAAGGACAAGUGAUUGGUUGCCACACCGUUGAAGCCUGGAGCGAGCAGCUUCAGAAGGGAAAUGAUAGCAAGAAGCUGAUAGUUGUGGAUUUCACUGCUUCCUGGUGCGGACCCUGUCGUUUCAUUGCUCCAUUUUUCGCCGAGUUGGCUAAGAAAUUGCCUAACGUGACAUUCUUGAAGGUGGACGUGGAUGAGUUGAAGACGGUUGCUAGUGACUGGGCAGUGGAGGCAAUGCCAACCUUCAUUUUCCUCAAAGAAGGGAAAAUCUUGGACAGGGUUGUUGGAGCGAAGAAAGAAGAGCUGCAGCAGACUCUUGCUAAGCACAUGGGCUCAGUUACUGCCUAGAAAUAUCUUAUGUCAAAGAGAUUAUAGUCCUUAAUAUGCUAUUAUUUAGUGGGCUCAGUUAGACCAAAGUAUUUAUUAUACCUCUUGCCCCACCAACUACAUGUUGACUAUUAAUUUCAUAAAUAAAAUGCUUACUUUGGUGGCUAUGCA